AUGCAGACGAAUGCAUUCGCAUCCCUGUCGCUUGCGCAUCUGUCGUCGCCAUGCCGCCUAUUGGCAUCUGCCUGCUGCCCGGACAAAGAUUUAGUCCUCCUGGUGACCCAGGUAGGUCUUUCAGAGGGACUCAACCUGUACAAAAACAAUGGUAUCAAGGUCUGGGAAGUUGAUCCCAGCGAUAAUAUCAUUGACGUGGCUUGGAGUCCGGACGGGAGGAGUAUUGCUGUCACGCAUGCCCAUUACCUGAAGAUACACUCCCUUCAAGACGGACGUGUAGAGGGUAUCUUGUCCAUACGUCCUUCGGGCGGGCCAAUGUCCAUCAGCAGCGUGUGGUGGCACAGCCAAGAAAAACCUGUCAGGAACAGUUCGAUACCAGAUAUUUUCCAAAGAGACGACAUUGUGACAGGGUCUGCGCGUUCCCUCCUUCAAGCACUGCCGCUACUCGAUAAUAUUCAAGACGAUACUCCGAAGGCCAGCGCAAUUGAUCUCUUCGCUUUCCAAGGCUCUCAGACUGGCGUGGGGUCUCAAACAGACAUCCCCAAAGUUAUCAAAGCUUGGCCAACGUUAAAGCUCGAUCUGAUGUCGGCUUCUAUGGGCUCAGCUAAUCCCGUCCUUCACGCAGAUUCUGCAGGUGGAGAAGUGGCCGACGACGCUGACGAUGCCAAUGUGAACAGCAUCCUCGUGGCUGUUGAUGGUACCGGCCGCAUGCAUUGCUUCCUUGAUGGAAGCUAUCCACUUGGCGCGGCGAAUGUGGGUGGCAGCCUAAGCAUAUCGUCACUGUACAAACAUCCCAAACGGCCAACUUUCUAUGCAUAUCCCUGCCAAACUUCCCCUCUCCUCACUUCGACGGCUCUGGAAGCGGUGACGAUCGAUGUACCUUUGUUGCAACAACGACAGGUUCGCGAUAUGGCAAAGUUAUCAAGCAUCGUUAGACAGCUAUCUUGGUAUAUCAUGCGUAUUGUUAAAGAAAUGUACGUCUCAUGGUUUGGAUCCGACACCGUUCAGGCCGCAAGAGAUAUGGGGCCUAAAUGGAUCCAGGGGUUGAAAGCGAGGCGGCAGGUCUUCGUCGUGAGCGAUUAUGAUCCUAUUCUGGAUAUUACUACUCUUCUUCUGACCGGCCGUGCGUCCGAUCAACUCGCCGAUUAUCUUGGAAGCAAUGGCGAGUCAAUGAGUGAAAGGGCAAGUUGUGCUGCUAUCGGCUUGCAUAGAUGGGAAGGUACAGUCGUGGAAUCUCUUAUGAUGUUGCGCGACUUUUCGGAGAAACGUCUCGCUCCUGCAUGUCAGCGGAUUCACCUCGUCCUGGAGGAGGUGCAAGGCUGGUCGAAGUUACCUGAAUACGCCUUGUUUGAACUGCAGAGCGACGACCUCGCUACCUGCAUUGAGCAUUGCAAUCGCGCGAUCAUUCUGGCUGCCUGGCUUGCAGCUGCUGCUCGUCGUGAAUUUACUCGUUUCAGAGAAUUCAUGUCAUGGCUUCGUUUUGAAAUUCUGAGUGCAAACCCGAACAAUGAUGUUCUUUCUCCAGUCAUUCGUCACGAUAUUUUGGAGGUGAACAAAUAUUUCAUGUCUGGCCUCGUCGUGAGCCCUAUCGACAAAUGGUUCAUGGGACCCGUUCCCCAUUUCAGUCCGCGAGACCUGGGGAUCAAUAAUGGGUCUGAUUCGUCUCUGUCGGAUGUUCUCAAACGUACACAGGACCUGUUAGAUAAUACGAAGCAAAUGGCAUGGCGACCUAAUGUUAAGCAAAGGAAUCUGAACCAUAUUGACCGGAACAUAGUCUCGUUAAUUCAAGAGUUGGUUUCACAGUGCCAACGUGUGUUCUUAAGGGCUGCGGGAGCCACAGGACGCUCGGCCCGAAUUACAGUCGGCGCUAAGGCAUUCGAUGAGCGGGUGGUAAACACACGGGCGAAUCUGAAAAUCCGGGAGCGGACGUCAAUAGAGGACAAUAAUGGGAACGCACACCUCCUGCAGUAUUUGGUGAUACCUUCACUAAGCGCGGAAGGUCCAACUUUUUUAUGUUUGGCACGAGUCGAGUAUGGUAGCGAGAAGGCACCGGAUGGGGUGGUGGAGGUGUGCCUUCUCGAGUGCUGCAUCGAGAACGAAGACGGUUCCAAGGAAGAAUUGGAGGUGCUGGAAGCGGAAUUUUUUGACGAUGAAUAUGUCGUAAUUGUUUACCGGCUUCGGGGCGAAGACGGGGGAACGUUUAUCGCAACUGUUGGUUACAAUGAUUUGGGGUAUCAAGGGCUGCUGUGUGAUGGAGAGUACGUAAGAAUGCAUCUGCGUGAAAAUUUAAUGGAUGAUGUAGUCUCGCGGUGGAGGACGGGUCAGAUGGAAUCGGUACGGAUUCCGAUCAAGCGGUGCCGUCGAUUGGCUGGAUGUCAGGCAGGGGAGGUGGCUCUUGCGGUGAACGGAAGGAAAGGACGAAGAGUUGCAUGCGUUAUUGGCGGGAACAGGAUGAUGAUGGAGGUCAUUGACCUGGAAGGCGAGGAUGCGGAAGGAGAAGAGAACGCAGAGAUCUCCAUGGCCGACGAAUGA